AUGUCCUCCCCCACCCAUCCUAUCCGGGUAGCAUUGAUCGGCCUGCCUGGAACAGCACCCGAGCGCCAGCAAGGAACUGCUUGGACUGCGAACGCUCACCUGCCAUAUUUACUCAAUUCGGAACACUACGAGAUCGUCGCCUUGUGUAAUACUUCCGUUGAACGAGCCAAGGAAGCCGUCAAGCUGCAUGGCCUCCCCGAGACCACAAAGACAUACGGCAACCCCGAAGAUGUCGCCGCUGAUCCUGAUAUUGACCUCGUCGUCUCCAGCGUUCGAGUAGAGAGACACUUCCCCACUGCCGCACCAUCUCUCCGCGCCGGCAAGGCCGUAUUCGUUGAAUGGCCAAUAGGCUCCAACCUUGCUGAAGCCGAAGAGCUGGCCGAGUUGGCCAAACAACACCACGCGAAGAACCUCGUCGGCCUCCAGGGCAAAUUCUCUCCUGUUGUUCAAAAACUCAGGGAGCUUGUACGGAGCGGGCGAAUCGGGAAGGUGCUGAGCAGCUCUUAUCUUGCUACGGUCGGUACCGACGUCCCAACUGCGAAGGACGACGUUUCGUAUUUCGUGGAGAGAGCUGUGGGCACAAAUCCCUUGACUACCACCUUUGGACAUUCAAGCGAGUACAUACAAUACGUGCUCGGUGAAUUCGCAUCCUUCGACAGUUUGCUCCUGAACGGCCAACCUCUCGUUGACAUCGUUGACCGCGAUGGGAAACUCGACUGGGAUGACGCGCACAACCAAGACGAUCCCGCUCAGAUCGUUGUCCAAGCGAAGACAGAGCGCGGGUCUGUCGUAACCUUCUUCCUCCGCCACGGUAAACCUCUACCGGGCAAACAUAUCAUGGAGUGGCGUAUCUUCGGGCAGGACGGCGAGCUAAGAGUGACAUCACCAACCCCCUUCCUGAACGUCGGCCAUCCAGAUACGAAGAUCGAACUACACGACCACAAGACGGGGAAGAUCGAGACGGUGGACUGUGGCGAAGACGAGUUAGCACAUUUACCGUUGGCGGCGAGGAACAUCGGGAGGAUGUAUGAGGCGUUCUGGAAGGGUGAGGAAGGAGUGCGGGAUUUCGACCUGGCGGUGAAGAGGCAUCGGAUGAUUGAGGAGAUGUGGCGUCGGUACGACGCGCAUUUGUGAUCUGGAUGUUCGUUGGCAUCGGCAUUUUGCUUGUCUUCUUGGGUCGAGUCUCUUGUGGUGUAUACCCUUCAUCUGCGCGGGUCGCUCGAUUGUACGUUAGUUCUUCUCUGGCUCUUUGCUUCCGAUCUGGCCUGCUACUCUACUUGUAUAACUGUUUCGGUAAUAGACUGAGUCAUGGCCGUCUUCAC